AUGCGCAACACGCAGACGCGUUGGACUAGCGUUCCCCCAUUCAUAUAUGGGAGACGGUUGGAUUUAUUUUCUUCUCAUAAUGGCGCAGUCAAUUCGAAUCAAUAUGAGGGACAAGGAAAAGAACACACGCUUUUCUUCUUCCGUCAGAUGCAAUUGUGGCGUUGUCGUUUGAGUCCAAUGGCAUGCAGAUUAAUUGCGGAA